AUGAACAACUCAGGCGGCGAAGAAGAAGCAACAGCAUUGUCAAGAGCUGCAAUAUCCACCGACGGACUUUACUUUCUUCGAGACACCUAUUUCCCCCCAAACCCUAACGAUAGAAUCUCCAAAUUGCAAGAACUUUCCGAUCUCAUUCUCAAUCUCCUCGAUUCCGUUCCUCCAGAAGAAAGAAAAUCGCCUACGCAACGGGCUGUAUUUGAAUAUCUUAAAGGGAAAGUGUUAGAUGUAUAUCCCGAAUAUAAGAAAGAAGCUGAGGAUCAUCUAUCAAAAGCUGUUAAGUUGAACCCGUCUUAUGCAGAUGCUUGGCUAUGUUUAGGAAACUGUAUUUGGAAAAAAGGAGAUUUAUCUGCAGCAAAGAACUGCCUCAAUCUUGCGUUAAACAAGGGUCCUAACAAAAAGAUUCUUUGCCAAUUAUCAAUGCUUAAAAGAAAAAUGUCUCAAGGUGCGGAUAACCAAGCAGAACUUGUUGAUGAAAGCAUUCAACAUGCCAAGGAAGCAAUUGCUUUGGAUGUCAAGGAUGGGGACUCUUGGUAUAAUCUUGGAAAUGCAUACCUUACGAGUUUUUUUGUCACUGGAGGUUUGGAUCAUACCAGACUUUCACAUUCUUUAAAAGCAUAUCAAAAUGCCGAGAAAGAUGAAGGGAUCAAGUCCAAUCCAGAUUUUUACUUUAAUAGUGCCACUGCGAACAAAUAUCUAGAGAACUACGAGAGGGCUCUUAGUGGAUUUGAGGCUGCUGCUUUGAAGGAUCCAGGUCUCAAUGCUGCAGAGGAGGUUCAGAAAAUCGUCAAUAUACUUGACAAGGUGUACAAUCUUUUGAGGGUACCUGUAAGAGCUAAGCGAAUCGACUCUUUGGCAGCAUCAUUGGCUGCUGUAAAUUUGAAAUCGCCAUACAGAACAGUUACCAUAGACCUUCUGUCAGAGGGCCUUAAUAAAGAUCUAGCAGUAGAGGGGAAGGUGCUAUUCUAUAUUAGUAGUGAGGGUGUUGCUCCCCUAUACUAUUUGCUCUGUGAUUCAAACAAAACUUGCUUUGUUCUCUCAGUUUAUGGUGUACGCCAGGAUGUGAUUAAAGGAGGAGACCAGCUCACAUUGCUUGAUCCUUGUUUUCGCGACGUUGAUUUUACCUGGAAGGAGAAGCAUUACCAGUUCAAAUCUAUACGCUUGGAUUUCUAUGAGCAAAUGCUUGUUAACGGAAAAGCUCUGACUCCUCAGCAAGCUAUUCGAUCAUCGAUAAUUGCACAACAUAAACCAUGA